UAUGAAUUUUGGCAACACUGAAUCAGACAAUCUAUAAAAACCUCAUAGCUUCUCUGCUAUCGCCCUCCAAAUUGUUAAUAUUUUUUUAACCGCUCAACAGCCCAGCUGCAGUUUCGUCAAAUUGAAUUCUAGAGUGGUUAUAAGCAAACAUUUUCUGAAAGAACUAUCAUCAUGAGUGAACAUCGAGAAUCAUCCAAAAUACCUGUUAAGGUUAUUGACUUAAUAAGUGACACAGUUACAAAACCAGACAUCCAUAUGCGGCAAGCCAUGUUUGAAGCAGAAGUUGGAGACGAUGGCUAUCGAGAAGACCCAACCGUAAAUUUAUUGGAAAAUAAAUCAUCAACGAUUUUUGGAAAAGAAGCAGCAUUAUUUCUACCAAGCGGCGUCAUGGGAAAUUUAGUUGCAAUGAUGGCUCACAUGACCGAUCAACGAGGAUGUGAAGUACUAGUUGGUGACAAAAGUCACAUUUUGCUGUGGGAACAGAGUGGAGCCGCGCAGUUUGCAGGUUUGCAAAUGCGAGAAGUUAGAAAUUUACCAGAUGGUUCAUUAGAUAUGACAGAAUUACGUGAAAAAUUUCGGCCAUCGAAUCCACUUGAUUACGAAUCUUACACAUCAUUAGUUUGCAUAGAAAACACCCACAACUAUCUUGGUGGUGUAGUAAUUCCUCUUGAGUGGCUUGAUCAACUAGGAAAAUUUGUUAAGGAAAAAAACGUUCCUUUGCAUAUGGACGGGGCUCGAGUGUUUAACGCAGCCGUUCACUUGGGUGUCCCCGUCAGUCGAAUAACUGAACACUGUGAUUCUGUGACGUUCUGUCUUAGUAAAGGACUUGGGGCACCCAUUGGUGCGGUUUUGGUGGGCAAAAAAAUGUUUAUCGAACGGUGCCGAAGAAUCAGAAAAUCCUUGGGUGGGUCUAUGCGCCAAUGCGGUAUUGUGGCCGCAGCUGGCGUGUAUGCAUUAGAUAACUGCGUGGAAAGACUGGCCGUGGAUCACUGGCACGCCAAGAAAAUUGGACAUGCUAUCCAUCAAAUGGCCAGUCCUGACGUGUCUGUUAACCUGGAGAAAAUCGAUACCAAUAUAAUAAUUAUAAAGUUAAACAAUUCUGCGAUCAAGUCAGCUGACCUCUACAACAUGCUGUUGAAGGUAGACAACGAGGGUGAUGAUAAUCUGCACAAAGUAAAUUUAACGUCUGUUCGAAUUUCAUAUUUAUACGAAGGAUGUGUGAGGUUGGUUUUGCACAAGAACAUUUCCGAGGAAGACGUGGAUAUGGCUAUUGAAAAGAUAAAAUACGUAAUUGAAAAAAUCAGUUUAUUCAAUUAAAUUAAUUUACUUCACAGACAAAAUAUAAUAUCAAAAAUAAAAGGGGAAAUCAGCACAUUCAUAUUGUACGAAACAGAUAACAAGCUGACAACGGAAGAAUAUUUAUACUUAAUAAUAAUAUGUUACAUUUUUAUUAGUUAUUAAUAUAACAUACAUAGAAUACACAAAUUACGAAUUAAGAAUGAAAUAAAAAGAAAUGUUCUUUUUAUAAAAUAGCUUGGGUUAUUAAUUGAAUUUAAUGUUAAGCGCACAUUUAUAUUAUCAAUGA